AUGCCUUCUUCCAACCAGAUUCUUUCCGUCCUUGCGGCCGUCGCCGUCGCCACUGUCAACGCCGCUAUGGGCCCUGCCUUUAGCACUGGUCCCGUUGGCUCUGGUUCCUGGAUCCGUGAAGCUACUUCAACUCUUGUCCUUCCCGAUGUCCCCCAGGGCUCUACUGGUGUUGCGUCUCUUUGGGUUGGAAUGGGCACUGACAAGGGCGACCUGAUCCAGUCUAUUGCGGACAACUGGCAGUCCGACGAGUGGAGCAUCUUUGCUUACACUCUCACCAAGACCGGAGACAACUCUCAGCUGCCUGUCCAAGAUGAGCACCAGACUCCCGCCAAGAAGGGUGAUCGAGUCACCAUGCACUACAAGUAUGAUGCUUCAACUCAGGAGUACGUCCAGUACGUCUCUAUCAACGGCAAGCAAGUCUCUACUCUCUCUACCUCUAAGGGCCACGAAGCCAUGGGCUUCGGCAGCUCAGUUGAGUGCGGUGCCUCAGACUGCGGAACCAUUGGUGCUCACCGUAAGUGGCAGUGGGUUGACACCAAGAUCAUCCUUGACACUGCCGAUCCCAACUACAUCCAGACCUUUGGUAAGGGUGAGGGCGUUACUGGUGGCGAGAUGACUACUAGCGAUGGUGGCAAGACCUGGGUUAUUAGCGAUGUUAACAUUCCUUCAUUUACCUUUUAA